AUGCUGGUCAGAUUCGAUAAAGAAUCUGAUGCGAGAAAUGAUACUCCUCUUGGUACUCGGUUUGUGAUGAAACUAGCACAGAAUAUUAUGAAUCCUUCAAGCUACACUUUAUAUUUUGAUAACUUUUUUACUAGCAUUUAUCUUUUGAAAAGUCUUGGUGAACAGGGUUUUCGAGCAACAGUAACCAUACGAGAAAAUCGGAUAAACCACGAGUUUCCUUUAGAAGAAUCUAUGUCUAUGCGGAAGAAAAAAAGAGGCACGUCUGAUUUUGCAUUUGACGAGAAAUCUGAGAUUUUCCUGGUGCGAUGGAAUGAUAAUAGUACUGUCAAGGUUGCUACAAAUUUCAGCACUUUUGAACCAUUCUUUGAUCUGAAGAGGCGAGUGAGAGGACAGAAAGAUAAAGUUAACGUAAAGAUGGCAAAUUUGAUUAAUUCUUACAAUAAACAUAUGGGCGGUGUGGAUAACCACGACUGGUUGGCUGGACGUUAUUCCAUUAAAAUUCGUGGGAAAAGUGGUACUGGCCACGCUUUAUACGUUCGCUGGAUAUGGCUAUGGUAA